AUGUUUAUCACAUACGGUCCUACCUGUGCGGGAGCAGGACAUUUCGUUCCAACAGAUCGUCCAGGCCCAGCGUUACAAAUGAUUACAAACUUCCUUCGCAAUACCGGUAACUACAGUCUGAUGGCACCAUUCAGCACACAACGUCAACCAUUACUCCCUCAAUAUCAACAAGCAACACCUCAACUGCCAACACCAUCUCCAAAGACGUUGGCACCCCCCGUGACUACCACAGAAACGGUGGAAUCAUCGACAAAACCAUCAACAAACCCAAUGACGACCGAAGAACCAUCAACAAGUACGACUGAGAUGACUGAACCACCCUCGAUUACAGAAUCGACAGAAUGGACAGGGCAACCGACAGAAUCAUCAGCAACAGAACCAUCAGCACCAGAGUCACAAUCAACAAAUCCA